UUAGUAGUUAAUCAAGUUGUUUGGUCAUUGGUGGUAGUGCAAACGUAUACGAAACGAAUUGGCUGGAUUGUGGGAAGGUCUCUCUCUGCCUCCCUCCUUCCCUCUCUUCUUCCAUAACUUGCAGGUUGAGAAAAGGUUUGUUGAGGUUUGGUGCUAUCAGACGGAUCCGAACCGGCUCACGCAAAUCGCAGAAAAGCGAGAACUUAUCUUCGUGGCUUCUGCGCGCUCAGUAUGAUUGGAAUACGCGAUCUUCAUUAGCUCAAUACCCCGCAUUUUUGUCUACUGAGCAUUUUGAUAUUGGACCACAGAGAUGGCAGAGGAGGGUCACAAGGUUAUUCUAAAUGUAUAUGACCUGAGCCAAGGAUUUGCUAGGCCUUUGUCCAUGGCUGUCUUGGGGAAAGCCAUCGAGGGCAUAUGGCACACGGGAUUGGUGGUUUAUGGUAAUGAGUACUAUUUUGGGGGAGGCAUAAAACAUGCUCCUGCUGGUUCAACGCCAUAUGGGACACCAGUAAUAGUGGUAGAUUUGGGUGUCACACAUGUGCCCAAGGAUCUGUUUGAGAUGUAUUUGCAGGGAAUCAGUCCCCGGUAUACUCGGGAAACCUAUCGUAUGCUUACUCACAAUUGCAACAACUUUAGCGAUGAGGUCGCUCAAUUUUUGGUGGGUGCAAGCAUUCCGUACUAUAUUUUGCAGCUUCCUGAUGAAGUUAUGGGUAGUCCAAUAGGAGCUCUUAUUAUGCCCAUAAUACAGAAUCUGGAAGAAACGUUGAAACGUGGUGCUCCUCAAGCUCCGGCUGCUCCUCAAGCUCCCGCUGCCCCUCAAGCUCCAGCUGCUCCACGAUUGAUCCGUAGACUCCUCGGACGGAUGAUCUGACGGAGAUAGUGCAAACAAAGAAAUCACCAGCAAUGUCACUGUUUAUUUCAGCAAUUAUACAUCACCGAUAGCUUGAGAUUCCCUCAUCAAAGGAAAUUGAACUAAAUUAACAAGUAAAUUUAAUUUAUGGGUGUGUAGUCAAUUUGGAUUUUACAAGAUUUUAAUAGACUUUUUUUAAGUGAUAGAUUUCAAAUGAUUUUAAAAGAUUCUCAAUUCUAUAUGGAUUUCGACAGAUUUAUAUGGAUUUCUAUUAUAGAUUUGUAUGGAUUUGUAUGGAUUUCUUUUGUGGAUUUCUUAGGAUUUAUUAGUUGAAUCUUAUAACAUAAAAUGAAAUAAUGCACAAGAAACAUAAACUUUUUGAAUCAAAGGAGAUCCAUUAACAAUAAAUUUGAAAUGUUAGCAAGCACAAUCAUGAACUCAAAUACAUAAAAUAAUAAUGUAAUCGUAGUAGCUAAGCAAUCAGAUGAAAUUCCAAAUUCAAAGUUUCAAACACAACCACAAAACCUUAUAUUAGUUAGAAAUUCAACAUUACAAGUAAUAUUUUCUUCUUUCUUUUUUGCUUUCUCAAACGCAACCACAAAACCUAACAUUACAAGAACAUCAUAAAAAAUUCAUCACUACCACACUAGAAUUAUUUGUGACUCAUUAUCCUUCAUUCACAUUGUUAUCAUUAUGAGCAUCUCUCCACAUGUCCAAAGCUAUAUUAUAUCUCCAUUCAUUAGCAAUAUUCCGUUGUUCUUGUGUUUGAAAAUCUUGGUCAAGAUCCCCUUCAGAAACUGACAAUGGUGGAGACAAAGAAGAUUCAUCAUCUAGUUCAACAGGAAACUCAUCUGAUCUACACUCCUUGCGAAGAAAAUUGUGCACUGCUGCACAAGCUAAUACUACCUCCGCUUGUGUUGCAUAUGGAAAUGGAGGUACAAUCUUUAAAAUUAGGAAUCGUGAUUUUAAAAUACUAAAUAUCCUCUCAACGACAUUUCUUAAAGAAGCAUGACGAAGAUUGAAUAACUCUUUUUCGUUUCUAGGCUCACAACCCGAAUCACUAUACUCUUGGAGAUGAUAUCGGAUUCCUCGAUAAGGAGCUAAGAAUUGACGUUUAUUUGGAAAUCCACAAUCUACUAUAAAAAAUUUACGUGAUAAUAUAUAUUUUAUUAUGCAACUCAAUGGAUUAAUAAGAAAUUAAAUAAUAAUAAAAAUGAUAAAUAAUAAUUUGAUACCUUGUGGCACUUUUAAGUCCAUUCCUUCUUGUCAAAGCAUCAUUUAGUACUCUUGAAUCAUGAGCCGAUCCUUCCCACCCACUAAGGAUGUACAUGAAUUCCAAAUCAAAGUUACAAGCAGCUAAUACAUUUUGUGAUAUGACACCCUUACGAUUACGAUAACUGCUUACAUCGCAUCCGGACACUGAUACUGGGAUAUGUGUGCCAUCAAUAGCUCCAAUACAAUCCUAAAAUAGUGUUAAGUUUAUCAUUUGGAAUAAAUUAGAAUGAUACAAAAUAAAAAAUAAAAAAACGACACACUAUACAUACCUUCAAGUAAGGGUAAAAUCUUGUACUUUCCCUUAUUUUAGAUGGCACUGCUAAUCCAUGUUUGGCCAUCAUCUCCGGUGCUAUUGUGUUCAAGGCCUUCAAAACUUUGUUAAAAUUUCUACUGACAGUCCAAUGUGAUCGCUCAAACGUAUCACAUAGUAGACAAUAUCUACUAUUGUGUCCAACAAUAAGCAAAAAUGUUGCAAGCAUUUCUUCUAUGCAAAUGAAUUUUGUAUCUCGUAAGAGUGUUUUUUCUCUAAUAAUAGUGCAUAACUUCACAAACACAUCAGGAUACAUUCUAUACCUUUGCCGGAAAUCCUCUGGGCGGUCCUCUUUCAAUACUAUAUGUAUAUAAUUGUAUCCUUCUAUAGUAAUUGAUCGUCGAUUUAAAGGACGUUCAAUAGGUUGUCCAAAUGUAAUUAUAAACUCUUUUAGCACGUGGACUAUAGCUUGAAUUGCAAUCAAUAAAUAUUUAAUGGUUUCAUAAAGUUCUUCCUCAAUUUCUUCUUCUUCUUCAAUUUGUUCUUCCACCAUUUGCUCCACUUCCAUUUCUUCAUCCACUUCGUCCACUUUCAUUUCUUCCCCACCUUCCGCUUCCAUGCUUGAUUGAGACAUUAUAUAAACGACUCAAUGCGUGUGGGAUGAUAUAUCACAUAACAUUACGAGAUUAUAAUUUGCUCACUACCAGCAUAUAAUGUACAAAUAAUUCCUACAUGAAGAGAUAUGCACAUGUUCAAUCAAAACAUAACAAACUAAAUGACAAAUAUAUGAGAUAAACUCAUCCCACACGCAUCUUCAUUUUUGCAGCUUCAGUACCUAUUUAGGAAACCCAAUAAACACAUGACAUUAAGCAUAAAACUCAACCCAAUGCACACAACUUAAGAAGAAUAGUAGAGCAAGACAACUAAAUCAAAAGAACCCAAUUAAAAGCUCCUCAGAAACCACUCAAAUCUGCAAGGGCACAAGGCACAGAUACCUCAUACUUCCAAUACUAUUCGAUCAGCUUGUCCUCACAAUACCAGUUGUCCAUUUCAAAGAUCAUGUAAAUCUUCUUAGGAACUAUCUAACAGAACCCAAGAUCUUCCUAACUUGUAUAUCUUAAAUCGGUAAUUCAAAAGACAUUUAAGGAUGCCAACACUGGCUGCAAAUAAAAACUCCAAGUCUCAUGACUCAGUUGCGCAAUGUUUCCUAAGGUCUAUUUUCUCUAUGUUCCAUACAUAAAAGAGAACACAGAUUCAUAGAUACAUUUUCUGUCAACUUUUCCUAAAAGAUGUUGAAUUAUUCAUUUCUAUAAGUUCUUUUAAAUCCAUGAAAAUUACGUUGCUACAUAUAAUUACAAAGAAACAAGUGGAAGGAAAAAAAAAAAUGUAAAGGACAGAGUAACACAAUCCCAAAUGUAAAGGACAGAGUAACACAAUCCCAUAAAGCAUGGCAAAACAAAUGUAUAAAGGCAUUCCGUGGAGUACAGAAGGAUAUGUAUAAUACCUGCAACUUUCUCAGGCCUUUCUUUAAAAAAAAAAAUUAAAAGUUUUGUAAUUCAUAAAGAUACAACAGAAGAAUAACAUAUUAUGAAUUUUCUAUUUGGCCACACCCAAAUAGUUUUGUAGUUUUAUAAAGAUACUGCAAUACCUUGUGGCGAUAGAGGAAGAUGAGAGACAAAACUGUUCCACUUCUGUGAUGAAUGUGAAAAGAAAUCACAUGGGGUAUGGUUGGAUUCUUGAUGGCACUUUGUAUUUAUACCACCCACCUUCAAAUCCCCCAAAAUCCCUUAGGCCAUUAAAAUCCUAAUAAAUCUUUGAAAUUCUCACUAUACCUAGAUUUGAAUGUAUUUUUAAACUCUUAAAUCGACUACCCCUGGCCUGGAUUUGAAUGUAUUCUUCAAAAUCCUCUUAAAUCGUAAUUUAACUACACCAUGAUUUCAAAAACUUUUAAAAUCCUCUUUUAAAGCUCUAAUCGACUACACCUAGAUUUUAAAGUCUAUUAAAAUCCUACAAAAUCCUAACUGCAGCCCUUAAUUUCAGUAUAAAAAUGGGAAUUGAACCAUUACUAUGAGUAGUUCACAAUCAUUAUCUCAAUUAUCAUCUUUAGGAAUUACAUUGAACUUUUUUAUGUCGCUAAUACAAAACUAGAUAAUGCGCAACUUCACAAAUUUUCUCCCUCCAUCGUCCUGGAUUUUCCCAGCAACCAAACAGAGCAAAAACUCAAAAACAAAAA